AUGGAGGAAACCGAGGUUGUUGAGGAAGGAUCAUAUGCAGGUGCAGCAAUAAUGUGCGCCACGGGAAAGCCCGUUGUCUGGACUGUGGAACAAGGCCCAGUCCAGGGAUUCUCGCUGGAAGGCGAAUCUACCGUUGCACCGACUAUCCGGGGUCCCUUGGGUUCCUGCUGUCCUCAUUGGUUGUCAGUGAGACUAGCUGCACCGGAGGCGUUCCGCCAAGGCCGAACAGCCAAUCUGCGUAAAAGCUAG